AUGGAGUGCGGAAAGAGGUUUAAUCGGAGUGAAACACUUAGAAUCCAUCAUCGAACUCACACAGGGGAAAAACCAUUUAAAUGUAUGGAGUGUGGAAAGAGCUUCAGUGAGAGUGGAACACUUAGAAUUCAUCAACGGAUUCACACAGGGGAGAAACCAUAUAAAUGUAAGGAGUGUGGAAAGAGCUUCACUGAUAAUAGAACACUUCUAAAACAUCAACGAAUUCACACAGGGGAGAAACCAUAUAAAUGUACAGAGUGUGGAAAGAGCUUCACUUAUAAUAGAACACUUAAAACACACCAACGGAUUCACAUGGAAGAAACCAUGUAA